AUGGAGGGCGGCGGCAAACGUGCUCGUCGCGGACCACGCGUCGGAGGUCUCCCCGCUCUGGAGGACGACGCACAGAACAACGCGGACCUCGAGCAGGAACAUGGCCAGGUGAUCGAGCGAGACAUCAUAUUGCAACAGUGGGAGCCUUCUGAGUUCGCACGGUUGAUUGAUGACGGCCACGGGGUGGUCAUCCUUCCUGAGGACGACCCAGUGGACGACUCGCUCGCCAAGAUAACCGCGAGUUUCUCUCAAAAGUCAAAGGACAGCGUUGUGCAGUGCAAGGAUGGCGCUUGGCGACCAGUGGAAGAACUAGACGAACGCACGCUCCGCCUCCUGGAGGAAAGCGUGGCUCGUGCUGUUCGCCUGCUCGUAUGCCUGGUCCGGAACGGUCGCCGACUUAACGAUUGCCACACGCACAUCCCUGUGUCCCUCACGUACACCCCUGCCGAGGCAGACGUCGAGCGUCUCAAUCUGUUCUUGUGCACUUCUUAUGCGGGCCAGGCAGCGGGGCGCAGAGUCGCCAUGGCCGUCGAGGCUCUCGCGAUGCACGGCGAGCCUCUACCGCCGAAAAUCAUCGUCUUGCAGGGCGGCGGCGGCAAUAGUAAGUCUGCGACGACGAAGCUGCGAGCGAAUGUGUUCGCCGACUCCCACGAGUUCAUGGGCGCGUCGUGUCUGCAGAAAGACGACGAGUUCAGGAAGCAGGGCGGCCAGUUCGCGGGUGCGCCCCUCUUGACCAUACAGGAGUGCAGCGGCGGGGACCCAUUGCAGGAAAAGGUGGCCAAGAAAUUCGCCAGCGGCGAAGUACUUCCCUGUCGACCGAACUACUGGGAGACAACUGAAUACUUCAGAUGGCCCUCCGCGGGGAAGUUCUGGGAGCUGAACUUCGCGCUGCCCAUCGUAGUCGGGGACCCGCGCGACCCUCCCUCGCUGAAGUCUUGGUGGCGUAGACUGCUGGUGGUUCCUGUGGAGAGCUCCUGCUCCGCGCCGCCCGCCGAGGUGCGCGUGGGCGAUCGCGUCUUCCUCGACGACUCCACGCUCUCGCCGUUCCUGGGCAGUCGCGUCGCGCGCCACAUCUACAUGUGGUAUCACUUGCUCCCGUUCCUCCAGAAGUAUUCUGCCGACGAUUGCAGGAACUUCAUACUGCUGCCGGACAAUGACACCCAGAACUUAGAUGACUCCAUUAAUGCGUUCCCGUGCCUGUUCAAGAGGCUCCCUCUGGCGGGCGGCUACCAGCAGCUCCAGAUCGAUUUGCAGAAGUUCUCGACAGCCAUGUCCCGCAUGGAGAACUGCGGGGGGGAGCUCGGAAGUUUCGAAGAGCGGGGGGAGAUCUGGACCGACCUGGAGCGCGGGCGCAUCCGCUCCGAGCCCGAUUCAAACUCUGACCCCGAUACAACAGGGGCGCCGAAGUACAACCUCGCUGAGCCCGCGGCCGUCUUGCGCGAGGCAUACAUAGGCUCCAGGCAGAAACAACUGGAGAGCUACAUUCAAUUGCACGAAGCCACGGGCGUGCAGGAGGGCGACUUCAGCACCAUCGAGGUGAAGUAUUACAGGCCGUGGGGCCUUCCAGGGCGGAUGUACGCCUUCGGCAUGGCCGCGCAGAAGCUUACGAAGCAGGCGCGCGCGGCUGCGUUCCAGGGCCACGCCGUCGACGUCGAUUUCGUGGCUGCCUUUUCCCGCUUGGGCUAUCGCGAGGCGUGCCGCAGCGCGAGCAACUCGACCGCCUACGGCAUCUGGAGGAAGUCAAUUAUGCACGCGGGCGCCUGGAGGGGCUCCGUCCAGGACUACAUGGAGAUUUCGGACGACGAGGCGAAGAAGGAGAUCACCAAGCUGUUCUUCCUGGGCACUCCGACGAACGAGCUGCCGCCGCUAUGCGCGCUGUGGCGGGAGGUCGACGAGGGCAAGCGCGUGAUCAUGGACAGCCCCCGCUUCCACUACCUGCACGACCAGUUCGAUGAUCGUCGGACCACAGGUGCGGCCCGCUUCGCCUACGCCAUGUUCGCGCUCGGAGACGAGGAGCUGGCCAAGCUUGUCGAAGCGAUCAAGGGCCAUGACAGCAGCACGUAG